CUAAAUGGCGUCUUUAGUCUCAUUGCUUUAGUCGUGAAUUUUAAACCCUUUGCGCUUUGUGCUGAAAGUGUUACAGUGGUCACAAGACAUCUCUAUGGGACACCGCGACCAGAGGAAUGUUAUGAAGAAGCAACGAUGGUGAAUUACGGACAUAAAGGACCACUACCGCCCAACUGGGAGAUCGGUUACGCUGAAAAUGGCGACAAAUACUUUAUUGACCACAACUCCGGCACGACUACAUGGGAAGACCCGAGGGAUUUACCACCAGGCUGGGAACAGGUCAACGACCCUGAAUACGGAAUCUUCUACGUCGAUCAUAUCAACAAAAAAACACAAUACGAGCGACCGAGUACGUCGGUGACGGUGAUGUCACGCUAUGAUCAGCUUCCUACAACUGCGAGCGGUCACAAGGCGAACGGGAUCACUUCCAAUGGUCACCACCUGUCACCACAACACCAACAACGUUCUCGUCUACCAACGAUGCCUUCGACAACGCACAUCAACGGUGAUAAUCCGUAUUUUACGCGUGAUCCACAGCAAUUACGUGGUGAAAUGGUGACCACUACCAUCGUCAAAGGUCCUAAGGGUCUCGGUUUCACUCUAAUCGGAAACGACGCAUCCAGCAAAGGAAACGAGUUCAUCCAGGUAAAGUCAGUGCUCCCAGGUGGUUUGGCUGCUGAAGAUGGCGUAUUGCGUCCAGGUGACGUACUCGUACGCGUCAACGGUGAACUACUACUGGGUGCUUCACAAUCUGACGCUUGUCGGAUAUUCGUCAACAUACCUGUCGGCGAUCCGGUAGCCAUUCAAGUCUGCCGAGGCUAUCCGCUAUUGAUUGAUCCGUCGAAUAGAAUCAUCACCGAAAACGUUUAUCAAACGGGUGGACGAAGUCGUGACUUGCACGAAAUCGAAAUCAUCAAAGGCACAGAAGGGUUUGGUUUCACGAUCGCUGACAGCGCUACAGGUCAGCGUGUGAAGAAAAUCCUGUAUCCGGAGCAAUGCGCUAAUCUAUUAGAGGGUGAUACGAUCGUUGAAUUAGAUGGCCGUAACGUACGGGCCGUACCCCAUACCCAAUUGGUUGACAUGCUUCGUGAAUGCCCAGUUGGUCAUCGAGGUCGACUAGUGGUCAGAAGGAGUUCACCGAAACACAGUUCAGAACUACAGAUCUUUACUCCAUGCCUAAAAUUUCUUUAA